GUGUGAAAAUUGGUAGUAAAAGUGCCACGUCUUCCUGGGACUGUGUCUGUUUGGGGAGUCCUGAACUCGCCCUAAACUGUCGUCCGCUUUCCGCACAUUUUUAACUCUAUGAAGUCUGGGGCUCUUCCUCUGCUUUGGUAACAUGAGGUUUUUCUUGUGGAACGCGAUCUUGACACUGUGGGUCACGGUUUUGAGUGGAGCUCUGAUCCCUGAGCCAGAAGUGAAAAUCGAAGUUCUCCAGAAGCCAUUCAUCUGCCAUCGCAAGACCAAGGGAGGGGAUCUGAUGUUGGUCCACUACGAAGGCUAUUUAGAAAAGGACGGCUCCCUGUUUCAUUCCACUCACAAACAUAACAAUGGUCAUCCUGUCUGGUUCACCCUGGGCAUACUGGAGGUUCUCAAAGGCUGGGACCAAGGCUUGAAGGGAAUGUGUGUGGGAGAGAAGAGGAAGCUCAUCAUUCCUCCUGCUCUGGGCUAUGGCAAAGAAGGAAAAGGUAAAAUCCCGCCAGAGAGCACACUGAUAUUCAACAUUGACCUCCUGGAAAUUCGAAAUGGCCCAAGGUCCCACGAGUCAUUUCAAGAAAUGGAUCUCAAUGACGACUGGAAACUCUCCAAGCACGAGGUUAAAGUGUAUUUACAGAAGGAGUUUGAGAAGCACGGUGCAGUGGUGAACGAAAGCCAUCACGACGCUUUGGUGGAAGAUAUUUUUGAUAAAGAAGAUGAAGACAAAGAUGGAUUUAUAUCAGCCAGAGAAUUUACAUAUGUGCAUGACGAAUUGUAGGGAAGCGUCCGCCAUUUUAUACACGUUCAUUUCUAAUGGGAAGGCAGCACCGUUAAACAAAGCUUUUUUUCUUUGCCUUUCUUGUUUUUAGUUUUAUAUUAUUUUUAUAUUAUUUAAAGAACCCCAGAGACUUUGUAAAUAUCGAUAUCUUUCUGGUAAGUUAUUGGGCAGUAACAGUUGUCUUUGAAUAGAGGACUUCUGGGCUCCUUCCCAGUUCACACAGAAGCUGGGUUUGCUUGCUUGCUUCUAGUGGUAACUGGAAACACACAGCACACACAUCAGUGCCCUGGACUUCCCUUUGUUUUCUCAAAGUUGAGUUGCUGGCACAUUUGAAAGCUUUUGUAGGAGUUCAAGGCUAUUUUCAUGUUAUAGGGAAGUAGUUUUUCUCUUUACCAGCUUUCUACUCCCUGCUGGUGGGCAGGAGGAGUAUGGUGGCCCUUAUUUCUUAGAAAUCAGUUUUGGCCUCACUGUGGAGAUACACAAUGUUGAUGAAUAAGGGAGAUAGCAACUCAUGAAUAGGUGUUCAGAGAUUUCCUAGUGGCUAAUAAACUAUUACAAUAAGUCAGACAAAUAAUGUAUGUGUUUCCUUGUAAUUAAUGCAUCAAAACAUGGUAGGCAUGGCGAAGAGUUGUAUUUACAAUCAGUGUUUGCUUUUGAGGCUACCAGGUUAGCCUCUGGUUCUUCAAUAAAUAAAGUUUAUAGCUAGUAUAUUACUUGCAAUAGCAUUGAAUUAUGAGAGAAUUUAGUAUGUCAAUGAGACUUUUCCCAUGUCUGACUCAUCAAAAAUAAGGCUAACCAAUAACAACUACUGUCAAUACAUCUCCUGGGUUUGAAAACUGACUUUUAUCAUUUUAUCUCAAAUUGGCUUCUAAAAAUGACUACUAAUUCUGUUUUUAAAAAUAGUUUUUAAAUCAAAUUGGCUUUUAUCCUAAAACAAACUUCCCAGAUUUCCAUUUGUUAGGAAUAGCUCCUCAGUUUACAAGUGCACUGUUGCUUGACUGGUGGUGUCUGACACCCUUGGGAAGCUACUGGGUCUUUGGGUGCUUCUUUGUAGAUGAGAAGCACUGUUCAGAGAUUGGCUGGUGAGCCCAGCUUUGGUGCCUAAGCUGUAGAAGCCCCUUUGGUUCCCGAGCUCAGUCUUCCACUUCUCUGCUAAUGGAGAAGCAGCAAGUUUGCUUGCAUCUGUUGGGUCCCAUUUCCCAUUUCCCAUUGCAUCUUCACAUCUGGGGACAGUUCCUGCCAGUUCCUGGUCAAUCACAGCUUUCCUUAGGAUCCAGGAAAGUCUAUGUUUUUCUGAGAAUAGUCUUCACAAUUGCUUUGAAUUGUGUCAGUCACCCUCCCAGUAACCAGUGAGAGGGGUCAGGUGUAUGUCUUAGUUCACUUGUUCCUGUCACUUCCUGUUGUUCAUAGACAUUACGUUGCAACACUAAUUUUCCGUUGACAUUGUCUCACCAAACAUGUUAAUGGCAAGAAUAUACCCAAGGACUUGUUCUUGAAGAUGUCGGGUGUAACUGUAAAAUGGUUGCCACCAACUGGCGUUUUUCUCAACCUGGGGAGGUUGUGAGAAGGCUUGUGAGUGUCAUGGGACAGUGGUGUGUCUUGAAGGCUGCUUUGCACCAGAGCGGCCGCCACCAUCUGUGCUGGAGCCAGGAAGAAGAAAGAGUCUUGAUUACUCAAUUACAUGGCUCUGCAUCAGAUCUCAGCUAAACUUUCAAACAGAAGUAUGAAAGGAAGGCAUAACCUGUAGAUAAUGGUUGUUAAAGCCAUCUGCCGUUUUGUACAGCAAUGCCUUGUACCCUUGCAUUAGUGGGAAUAAUCAAACGCCAGCUGUGACUUCACAUGUGCAUAAUUUGACUCCUAGCUGCUCUCUCUGUCAUAUUUAAAUUUCUAUGUCUAUUGUGACAGUCUUUUUGAAAAUAAAGUUUAUUUGGGAAAUA